AAAUUCCACAUUAAAUUAGCAUAAUCUGAUCCAGCUUCUAUCUCUCUACGAAACAUCGGUCAAAAGCGAAAGAUAACCCUAGCCGCAACGCCGUAGCUUCCGCCACCACCAAGUCACCGAACCCACAAAUUCAUCCUCCGUGUUUCGAAGAGCGGCGCGACAAUGGUACUCACAGAGGAUGAGAUAACGAGACUAUAUAGGAUCCGUAAAACGGUGAUGCAAAUGCUUAAAGAUCGGAAUUACCUCGUCGGAGACUUUGAGCUUAACAUGUCGAAACACGAUUUCAAGAAUAAAUAUGGCGAUAAUAUGAAGAGAGAAGAUCUCGUUAUUAACAAAGCCAAAAAAGAUAAACAGUCCGAUCAGAUCUACGUCUUCUUCCCUGAGGAAGCUAAGGUCGGCGUCAAGACUAUGAAGACUUACACCAAUCGGAUGAAUUCUGAGAAUGUUUACAGAGCGAUCCUUGUUUGUCAGACUAGUCUCACUCCAUUUGCACGAACAUGUGUCUCUGAAAUGGCUUCCAAAUUCCACUUGGAAGUUUUUCAGGAGGCGGAAUUGCUGGUAAACAUAAAAGACCAUGUGCUUGUGCCGGAACAUCAGGUGCUCACUGAUCCUGAGAAGAAAACCUUACUUGAGAGAUACACUGUUAAGGAAACUCAGCUACCUAGAAUCCAGGUAACAGAUCCUGUUGCAAGAUACUAUGGCCUGAAGCGUGGACAAGUUGUUAAGAUUAUCCGGCCAAGUGAGACUGCAGGAAGAUAUGUUACAUACCGGUUUGUUGUUUAAGGAUUUCCUUGUCUGCUGAUUUUGUUGAGAAACACGGACAAUGAUUAUACAACCUUUUUUUUUUGGGUAAUGGGUGACAGUUACUACAUUUUAGUAGUUCGUGUUUACCUACUUGUUGUAAGCCUAAGGAAAUGUGGCUAAAAUAAUAUUAACGUAUGAGACUAAGUUUCCUUUGGCAACAAACUUGAAUUAACAGUUCUAUAUGCUCCCUGGUCAACUUAAAGCUAAAUUCAUGUUCAUUUCUACUAAGAUUAAACUUCUGGAACAAUCUUGAAUUCGAUUA